GGAGCUCCUAACUAAAGUCGUGAAAGCCGAUACACCCCCCGGCGAUACUCAAUACAAGUAAGGUGCGGUCAGUAGUGAGUUCCUUCCAACUCCUGCUGCUUCCCAAUAUUUGUUGAGCUCACCAAUGAUUGAAUUCUCUAUCUGCUUCAGACAACAGCAUCCUGUUGAGAAAUUCGAUUCUGCAGACAUCCAACUCUGUAAAUCUCCAGCCGCUAUCGCCGUAUUAAUACAGCUCCGCAUCUAUCUUCUCUCAUCUCCCCAAGUAAUCGACCAAACGUAAAGCGCUCACAAUCAAUAAGCAAUGCAAAUGCACGACCUCGAGGAAAACAGAAGCAGAGGAGCCACCGAAGAUGCGACCUCUGAGCCUCCCUUCUUGUCUCUUGACGUGACCACAGAGCCCAAAACUAGGGCCGAUCCUCUCCAAGCCAUCGCAUGGAUGGUUGUCAACACUCUGGCGACGGUCGGCAUAGUCUUCACCAACAAGGCCAUAUUCUCGGAGCCACGGUGGAAGCAAUCUCAGCUUACGUUUGCUUUUAUCCAUUUCCUCAUGACUUGGUUUCUCCUCUUUGUUCUCUCUCGAUCACCAUUUGGCCUCUUCGUGCCUCGCCGUGCUCCUAGGCUGCACCUAAUUCCUCUGGGUACCGCAAUGUGCUUCAACGUCAUUCUGCCGAAUCUAUCCUUGGCCUACUCAACCGUCACAUUCUACCAAAUUGCACGAAUACUGCUGACACCAACGGUCGCCAUCAUGAACUUCCUCUUAUACGGCAGCAGUCUUCCCAGAGGAGCUACUCUCUCCCUAAUCCCCGCCUGCGUAGGGGUCGGUUUGGUUACAUACUUCGAUUCCAUUCCAGUGGACGACCAAGCCAUCAAGACCACCUCUAAGUUGGGAAUUAUAUUUGCGUUUUCAGGCAUCUUUGCUUCCUCUCUUUACACCGUCUGGAUUGCGGGCUAUCAUCGUAAACUCAACAUGAACAGCAUGCAACUUCUCUAUCUUCAAGCGCCAAUGGCCUGCUUCUUUCUCCUCUUCUUUAUUCCACUUAUCGAUGACUUUCCAACCGCCAUGUAUGUGCCAACUCGACUGAGCACACGAGUGCUUGUUAUCGUAUCCACAGUGUUUGCUUCACUGGUCAAUCUUUCUCAAUUCUACAUUGUGGCACAAACGGGUCCCGUAUCGAGCACAGUUGUCGGUCACGUCAAGACUUGCACCAUCGUGGGUCUCGGAUGGGCCAUGUCUGGUCGUGCGGUCAGUGAUAAAUCCGCAGUUGGAGUUGUGAUAGCAGUUGCAGGCAUCACUUCAUACUCGAUCAUCAUGUCAAAGCACAAGAAGAUGAAAGCAAAUAGAUCUCAAAUUGGGCCCGUAGGUGAAAAGUGA